AUGGUGGCCGCUGGAGGGGGCCAAACGGUGCUGCUCAGGAGCGAGGGCACCGCCGUGGCCUGCGGCCGCAAUGAUGAUGGUGAGAGCGACGGCACCGCCGUGGCCUGCGGCUGGAAUCUUCAUGUUGAGUUCGACCUCCCGGCGCUGCCCGCGGGCCUGACCUACGCGCAGGUCGCCGCUGGAGAGAGCCACACGGUGCUGCUCAGGAGCGACGGCACCGCCGUGGCCUGCGGCUGUAAUGGUCAUGGUCGGUGCGACCUCCCGGCGCUGCCCGCGGGCCUGACCUACACGCAGGUCUCCGCUGGACAGAGCCACACGGUGCUGCUCAGGAGCGACGGCACCGCCGUGGCCUGCGGCAGCAAUCAUAGUGGUCGGUGCGACCUCCCGGCGCUGCCGCGGCCCGACUACCGCAGGUCGCCGAGCGACGGCACCGCCGUGGCCUGCGGCUGGAAUCUUCAUGUUGAGUUCGACCUCCCGGCGCUGCCCGCGGGCCUGACCUACGCGCAGGUCGCCGCUGGAGAGAGCCACACGGUGCUGCUCAGGAGCGACGGCACCGCCGUGGCCUGCGCAGCACUCAUAGUGGUCGCCGCUGGAGAGAACCACACGGUGCUGCUCAGGAGCGACGGCACCGCCGUGGCCUGCGGCAGCAAUCAUGGUGGUGAGUGCGACCUCCCGGCGUUGCCCUCGGGCCUAACCUACACAGCUCAUUUGUGUCCAGCGCUGCUCCUGCAGGUGUCGCUCGAUGGCGGCUCAAUGGUUUUCGUGACCAUCGGCGGGGUGGAGCGAUGCAGGAUCAGGGCGGCGCCCACCGCCCGCCUCGCAGACAUCUACCUCCAGCUCGUGGCCGAGCACCGCGAGGGCAGGCUGGGCCCCGGAGCCUGGCGCGUCGAGGCGAUCCUGCCGGGGGGCCGCCCGCUCAGCAGCGCCGCGGCCGAGGAGGCCCCAGCUAGGCCGGGCGCCGCGGAGCGCCUCCGCCUCGAGCUGCUCGGGGCGCGGGGGCAGAUGCUGGCCGCUGGAGACAGCCACACGGUGCUGCUCAGGAGCGACGGCACCGCCGUGGCCUGCGGCUGUAAUGAUCAUGGUGAGUGCGACCUCCCGGCGCUGCCCGCGGGCCUGACCUACGCGCAGGUCGCCGCUGGAGACAGCCACACGGUGCUGCUCAGGAGCGACGGCACCGCCGUGGCCUGCGGCUUGAAUCUUCAUGUUGAGUUCGACCUCCCGGCGCUGCCCGCGGGCCUGACCUACGCGCAGGUCGCCGCUGGAGAGAGCCACACGGUGCUGCUCAGGAGCGACGGCACCGCCGUGGCCUGCGGCUGUAAUGGUCAUGGUCGGUGCGACCUCCCGGCGCUGCCCGCGGGCCUGACCUACACGCAGGUCUCCGCUGGACAGAGCCACACGGUGCUGUCAGGAGCGACGGCACGCCGUGGCCUUGGCCUGCGGCAAUCAUAUGGUCUGUGCGACCUCCCGGCGCUGCCCGCGGGCCUGACCUACACGCAGGUCGCCGCUGGACAGAGACACACGGUGCUGCUCAGGAGCGACGGCACCGCCGUGGCCUGCGGCUGGAAUCUUCAUGGUGAGUGCGGCCUCCCGGCGCUGCCCGCGGGCCUGACCUACACGCAGGUCGCCGCUGGCCGGAUCUACACGGUGCUGCUCAGAAGCGACGGCACCGCCGUGGCUUGCGGCAGCAAUCAUAGUGGUCGGUGCGACCUCCCGGCGCUGCCCGCGGGCCUGACCUACACGCAGGUCGCCGCUGGAGAGAACCACACGGUGCUGCUCAGGAGCGACGGCACCGCCGUGGCCUGCGGCAGCAAUCAUGGUGGUGAGUGCGACCUCCCGGCGUUGCCCUCGGGCCUAACCUACACAGCUCAUUUGUGUCCAGCGCUGCUCCUGCAGGUGUCGCUCGAUGGCGGCUCAAUGGUUUUCGUGACCAUCGGCGGGGUGGAGCGAUGCAGGAUCAGGGCGGCGCCCACCGCCCGCCUCGCAGACAUCUACCUCCAGCUCGUGGCCGAGCACCGCGAGGGCAGGCUGGGCCCCGGAGCCUGGCGCGUCGAGGCGAUCCUGCCGGGGGGCCGCCCGCUCAGCAGCGCCGCGGCCGAGGAGACGGUCGCCGACGAAUUUCCCGCCGCAGCCUCUAGGCCGGGCGCCGCGGAGCGCCUCCGCCUCGAGCUGCUCGGGGCGCGGGGGCAGGCCCGGCAGGGCCCCGCGCGGAGCGAGGGCACCGCCGUGGCCUGCGGCCGCAAUGAUGAUGGUGAGUGCGACCUCCCGGCGCUGCCCGCGGGCCUGACCUACACGCAGGUCGCCGCUGGAGACUGCCACACGGUGCUGCUCAGGAGCGACGGCACCGCCGUGGCCUGCGGCUGGAAUUGUGAUGGUCAGUGCGACCUCCCGGCGCUGCCCGCGGGCCUGACCUACACGCAGGUCGCCGCUGGAGACUGCCACACGGUGCUGCUCAGGAGCGACGGCACCGCCGUGGCCUGCGGCUGGAAUUGUGAUGGUCAGUGCGACCUCCCGGCGCUGCCCGCGGGCCUGACCUACACGCAGGUCGCCGCUGGAGACUGCCACACGGUGCUGCUCAGGAGCGACGGCACCGCCGUGGCCUGCGGCCGGAAUGGUGAUGGUCAGUGCGACCUCCCGGCGCUGCCUGCGGGCCUGACCUACACGCAGGUCGCCGCUGGAGACUGCCACACGGUGCUGCUCAGGAGCGACGGCACCGCCGUGGCCCGCGGCAGCAAUUUUCGUGGUCAGUGCGACCUCCCAGCGCUGCCCGCGGGCCUGACCUACACGCAGGUCGCCGCUGGAUAUCGCCACACGGUGCUGCUCAGGAGCGACGGCACCGCCGUGGCCUGCGGCUGGAAUCAGCACGGUGAGUGCGACCUCCCGGCGCUGCCCGCGGGCCUGACCUACACAGCUCAUUUGCUUCCAGCGCUGCUCCUGCAGGUGUCGCUCGAUGGCGGCUCAAUGGUUUUCGUCACCAUCGGCGGGGUGGAGCGAUGCAGGAUCAGGGCGGCGCCCACCGCCCGCCUCGCAGACAUCCACCUCCAGCUCGUGGCCGAGCACCGCGAGGGCAGGCUGGGCCCCGGAGCCUGGCGCGUCGAGGCGAUCCUGCCGGGGGGCCGCCCGCUCAGCAGCGCCGCGGCCGAGGAGACGGUCGCCGACGCAUUUCCCGCCGAAGCCUGA